CUCGGUAAAUUUUCGCUUUCUGGGAUUCCCCCGGCUCCGCGUGGCGUUCCUCAAAUCGAGGUCGUUUUUGAUAUCGAUGUCAAUGGUGUCCUUCGUGUAAAUGCCUAUGACCUUGCAUCUGCAAACAAAGACAAGUCGUCCGGAAUUACAAUUACCAACGACAAGGGUCGUCUCAGUCCAGAAGACAUCGAGCGUAUGGUUGCCGAGGCCGAAAAGUAUGCCGAAGCCGAUCGGAUGACUCAGGCCAAGAUCGAGGCUCGCAACAGUCUUGAGGCUUAUGUUUACAAUGUCAAGAACCAAGUCGGCGAUGCAAAUGGCCUCGGAGGCAGCAUCUCUGAUGAGGAUAAGACAGCAAUUGUUUCCAUCGUAGAGUCCACGAUUUCUUGGUUGGAUCGCAAUCCAUCCGCAGAAAAACAAGAGUAUGACGAAAAGCGCGAGGAAGUUGAGAAGGUCGUUCAUCCCAUCACAUCCAAGAUGUAUGGAAAAAAUGCAGGCACAGCAGAUGACGCUCAGUCCGGUUCUGGAGCCGGCUUCAAGAGUGGCAAGAAAUUUGGACAGGAUGACGAUUCCUAUGAGCACGAUGAUUUAUAA